CGUUCAGCCAUGGCUGUUGGGAACUCCGCUUCCUGCCUGCCUCCAUGUGUCCGCGUUUUUCUGAGACUCCAACAUUUCUCCCAGUAAGCAGCGGCCGUUCGGUUGGAUCACGAUGGCAAGCAAUGUAAUGGGCUGUCCUUACUAGUAGAUCGUCCGAAGCUACAUACACUGUUGCGUGACCGUCAACAUUGAGCUGAUCGACUCUCUCCGCCAUGGAUUUUCCAUCAUGGCCCAAGCACUUUUCACUAUCUUCCCGUAUAGCAUCGUUCGUCGCCUCCUUUUUCGCCGUUCUUUGCCUCUCGAUCUACCUCCUUCAAGAAUCGCGGAACGAGCUGUUGCCUUUCCUCGCAGCCUCCAAUUCCAACUUCGCCGACUGGUUACCCGACAAUUCGUCCAAGGAAACCGUUUCCUCGCGGAGCCAGCCACCGAAUCUUUCGAGAAUAUGGCGCAAAUCGUUCGAUGUCGCCUACAGCCAGAAUCAACAGCAGCAGUUGCCGGCAGUUUAUCAAGAUCCGUUGCAAGACUCGCCGCUAGAGCCGUUGCAAAAUCCGUUACAAGAGUCAUCGCCUGCUUCAUCUUCAACAUUGGCCCACACGGGCACUGAAGAACGAGCAGCCGAAGCCAUAUCGGGGAAGCCACAAACGGGGAUGGAAGUUGCUCCGCCAGGAGCGGUGGAGGCGGAAGAGCGGUCGGGGGCGAACGGGGGGAAGCGGGAGUCAGAGGCGAUCGCGGAACAGGGGCAGCAGCAACAGCAGGAGCAGAAACAUGAACCGUCAGAGUUACACAUUUUAAACUCCAUCCCUGGUUCCAAGCUCACCUCCCCGUCGUCCGUCCGCCACUUCCGCCGCCGCAUAGCAUGCCUCGCCAGCCAAGGCCGCUGGCUCUACGAUCCCUCCCCUAGAAUCCUCCCCUGGCCGCCCGGGGGUGGGCGGUCGUUCUCUCACUGCGACAGCGACCUGGUGCAGAAGCACAAGGCGAUUGCGGGCGCAAGGGCGAACAAAGUGGUGGUAGAAGGGGGGAGGGAGAAGGACUGGAAAGUGAGGAGCAGCUUAAAGUAUGUGUGGAAGGUCCCGGGGUCAGUUGGGUGUGGGGACGCGGGUGGGGGUGGGGGUGGUGAUGCUGCUGGUGGUGGUGCGGUUGGUGAUGGUGCCAGUGUAGCUGGUGGUGUUGCUUCUGAUGGUACUGAUGCUGCUGGUGCUGAUGCUGGUGCUGGUCGUGCCUCAGUAGGGGAGUCAGGAGGUGCUUCCAGUGGCGGGAGCAACGGGCAAGGCACUUCCGGAAGGGCUCUUGGCGAUCAGGAAAGCACAAAUGCUCUUGGCAAUGCGAGUGACGGCGGGAGUCCCACCAGCCAUCCAGCAUCGAGUGACAGAAACGGGGCCCUAGGUGACAGCAACGAGGUCUUCCAGGAGUUGCCGCCUUUCAACCGCACCAGGCUCUGCAACCGGCUCGCAGCGACAGCUGGCGGGAUACUAUUCGUCGGGGAUUCCAUGACAGGUCAGCUGCAAUACUCCUUCCACCACCACAUGUUCUUGGGUGUGCACGGCCCCUCCUCCCGCCCCAAAUACACUCAAAUGAAGCAGUGCAAGAUAUGGGAGCAGAAUCUUAACGAGUAUAAGUUUCAUCUCUGCGAGCAGUUCAAUUACUGUAGAGACCUGGGCCCAGGGCAAGAGGUUCGGGUAAUGUACGUUCGUAACGACCACCUCUCGCUUCGAACGGAUGCGGAAAACUCGAUUCUGGAGCCGUUACGCGGUUACGAGUUACCGUGGAUCGAGCAUUUGAAUGAUUGGGGCGUGUCUGCCGUCAUUCUCAACCGGGGGCCCAUAUUGAUUACAACUCAACGGUUAAGGACUUUGAAAAUGAGUUACAAGCUACACUACUGCGCUUACGCGAACUGUACCCGUUCCUGCUUGUGAUUUACCGCAACACUCCGGCUGGGCACGCUAACUGUACGGAGUAUCCUCCCGGACCUAUUUCCGAGCCUCAGGAUCCUGCCAGUCUGCCGUACGAGUGGGGCAGGUUUGUCACCCAGAAUGAGAUAGCGAGGAGGCUUGUAGAGGGGAUAGGAGGAGUGUAUCUGGAUUUUGCGACUCUGACGGCGUUUAGGCCGGAUGGGCACAUGGGGUACAGUGGAGGCAAGUAUGAUUGCUUGCAUUACUGCUUGCCUGGGCCACCUGAUACGUGGGUACAGCUGAUUUAUACAGCUCUUAUGGAGCUCUUGUAAUUUAUUUUAUACUGCCUACCAACUGAAUUUGUGGGGGUAUUCACAUCACAACGCUCGCCUCGCCUGUUACUGCCGGUA